UAAAGUUGACAAUAAAUCGGUCAUUAAACUAUCCUAGGAUACCUAGCCAGAGUACAGGGAUUAUAUCUAACAGGAUAGCUAACUAGAACACAGGGAUUAUAUAUAGACGAGAUAGCGCGGUCCUAGUUUAAACUCAGAGUAUAAAAUACCAAUUUAAACCCGAACUUGUUAAUAUUGAAAAAGUACUUCGUAAUUUGAAGGUGUUUUAUCGUAUGUACAAGAAAUAUUGUAAGGACCUUAGGCAAUCUACAGCAAUGGCUGCGCCGGCGGAAGUAGAAUACAAUUUCCUGGGAAAUACAGGUGUUAAGGUGUCCAACCUCGGCCUUGGGACCAUGACAUUCGGUUCAUGUACGGAUGGUUUAUUUCCUGCCUUCUACACUAACCCCAAACAGCUUGAUGAGGGGACAUCACACAAGGUUAUGGACAGGUACUUUGAACUGGGAGGAAACUUUAUCGACACCGCCAAUAUCUACGCCAAUGGCCAAUCAGAGUCCUUUAUUGGCAGCUGGAUGAAAAAGAAACAGAACCGUGAAGACGUUGUCCUAGCGACCAAGUGUAGAUGGCCUAUGUAUAUGAACAAACUGCAGAACGGACAGGGCCUGAGCAGACGACACAUCGUACAGAGUCUGGAGGACAGCCUGGCCAGGCUCCAGACGGACUAUGUCGAUCUUUACCAGGGACAUGGGUGGGACAGUGGAACCCCUCUGGAGGAAACCUUGACAACGUUUGAGGACCUGGUGCGCGCGGGGAAGAUCCGUUACUAUGGUUUCAGCAAUGUGUGUGGCUGGCAACUUCAGAAGAUCGUAGACACGGCUAAGCACUUGAACUUGAGACCUUGUGUCACUCUGCAGCAAGAGUACAGCUUGUUGUGCCGGGACUCAGAGUGGGACGCGUACGAGGUUUGCCGCAACGAGGGGGUCGGCGUGCUGCCCUGGAGCCCACUGAAGAGUGGUAUGUUAACGGGAAAAUUCAAACGUGGAGAGACGCCCGACUCAAAGUCAAGCCGGGCCGGCUAUAUGUCAAAAAACGCCACGCAAGGACAGAUACAAUGGAGCCCUUGGGACCAGGUAAAGGAACGUGAAGACUACUGGAAACUUAUCGCUAUCAUGGAGAGGAUUGCGAAGGCAAAAGGUCGCUCUGUGGCCCAGGUGGCUCUCCGCUGGUUGACUCAAAGGGAUGUGGUGUCCGCCGUUAUCAUUGGCUGCACUUCCGUUAAACAACUUGAAGAUAACAUGGGUGCUUCCGGCGGCUGGGAACUUUCCCCGGAGGAGAUGAAGGAGAUGAGCGAUGCGUGUCCACCAAAGACUCCGUCGUUCAUUAACGCGUUAGGCGCAGGGCGAGAAAACAAGCACGCCAGCAUGAAGAAACUGUAUAACACAGGCACUUCAGCAUGAAGACACUAUCGAACACAAGCAGGCCUGCAUGUACAAACUAUCGAAUACAUGCACGCCAGCAUAAAACUACUAUCGACCACAAGCACGCCAGUAUUAAGAGACUGUAGAACAAGUACGACAGCAUAACAAACUAUGAAAAGACUAGCCCAUUGAAACCCAUAAUUAUAAUGCAAUGUAUCAUACAAUGUAAAUAUUUUAGCCAAAAACAUUUAAGGAGAGAGGUAUGAAUAUUAGCUCUAAGCUAAGAUACCUCUUCACUCCUUAAUUAUUAUAUUCAAAUGUAAUUUAUGUAUUUGCUUAUUGUACUCAUAUAC